AUGUCUCUGUUCGGCAAGCCAGCAUCGACCUUCGGGACAAGUACAAGCGGCAGCUUCGGCGCAGCCAACAACUCCAGCCUCUUCGCGCAGUCUGCGAACCAGGCCCAAAAUCAGAAUCAGAACCAGAACCAGCCGCAGACCAGUGCGUUUGGGGGUAGCUUACUGGGCCAGUCGACACAGCAGCAACAACAGCAGCAACAACAGCAGCAACAACAGCAGCCACAACAGCAGCAACAACAACAGGCCCCUGCUGCAUCGUUCAUGAAUGCGAGCCAAGCACCUGUUCAGUUCAAGAGCUCGAUAUGGGAACCGGGUCGCGACUCACUAGGUCACAAGCCCGUCACCGAGCAGAUGGAGACAAUGCUCGAGAAGUGGCACCCCAACAGCAACAGCACCGUGUUCAAGCAUUACUUCUACAACAAGGUCGACCAAACGCGUAUCCCCUUCUACCAGCCAUCUGCCGCCGAAGAUCCUCGGGAAUGGGAGCAAGCUGUGCAUGACAGGCCAGCUCCUGGCUACGUACCGGUUCUUGCGACUGGUUUCGCCGCGCUUGCAGACCGACUUCAAAUGCAGAGGGCCGUUCUCGCAAACUAUAACAAAGCACUACAUGCGAUCAAUUCGUCUCUCGACGCCAUAUUGUCACAGCAAGACCUGCAGACGAGCGUGCGAGCGCUGAAUGCCCGGCGGAAACACGCAAUACUACGGCAGCGAUGCCUGGCUCUGGCGAGCAAGGUGCAGGUCCUGCGCAAUCGGGGUUAUUCGUUGGACAAGGAGGAGGACGACCUCAAGGCGAAAUUGGAAGCGUUAGACCAAGGCCUACAAGACCCAGCCCUUAGCGCAAGAACCGAGGAGCUAUGGAGUCGCCUGCUGUCGCUAAGAGGAUACGCGGAUACUCUGCGCAACGAGAUGGACAGACGAGGCGCCGAGGCUCAGGAAGGGUUAGGCGAGGAAGCUGAGGCCAAAGCCAAGAAGAUCCUGGAAGACUAUGACAAGCAACUACAGACUCUCAAGAGCCAGUUAGAGUCGAUCAAGAAGGAUUAUGACGAGUGGCAAGCCGACACGAAUCCGCCUUCCAAAUAG